UGCACGAGCUGGGACCCCAGUUACACCACUACAGCUCCCGCCCAGCAUCACGGCCUUCCAUUCCCCAAUCUAGGGUCGCGAGCUCCCCGCCACCGCCGGCCAUGCCCGACGCGGACGUCGACGUCGAGAUGCGCGCCGCCGCCGCCGCACCUGGCGGCGACGAUGGCGAGGACGACACCGGGGAGGAGGAGGACGACGACGGAGACGACGUCUAUGACGAGGACGAGGAGGAGCGGACCGCGCCGGCGCCGGCCGAGGAGCCUCCCGCCCCGGCGCCCGUCUCGGCCUUGCCGGGAAACCCGAACCAGCUGACGCUGCUCUUCCAGGGCGAGGUUUACGUGUUCGAAUCCGUCACCCCCGACAAGGUUCAAGCUGUCCUGUUACUGUUAGGACGUGGUGAACUACCACCUGAUUAUGCUGGCAAGGUUGUACCUAGUCAAAAUGAGAACAAGGGUUAUGAUGACAUACUUCGGAGGACAGACAUUCCUGCAAAAAGGGUUGCCUCUCUACUCAGGUUCCGUGAAAAACGGAAGGAAAGAAAUUUUGAUAAGAAAAUACGUUAUGCUGUUCGCAAAGAAGUUGCACUCAGGAUGCAGCGCCGGAAAGGGCAAUUUGCUGGAAGGGCCAGUCUGGAGGGAGAAUCUCCAGCUCCUGGCUGUGAUCCUGGUUCCCAAAGCUCAGGCCUAGAUUUUGUAUCUCGUGAAUCAAAGUGUCAGAACUGCGGUACUAGUGAAAAGAUGACCCCAGCAAUGCGUCGUGGUCCUGCUGGUCCAAGGACUUUGUGCAAUGCUUGUGGAUUGAUGUGGGCAAAUAAGGGUACACUGAGAAGUUGCCCGAAGGCAAAAGUCGAAUCUUCUGUGGUUGCAACUGAGCAGGCUGGAAAUGACAACAAAGCGCUGGUGACACCGAAGAAUGACAACGUUUCUGCAAGCAAUGGCGAAGCCACAAGUGCGGCAGAGACAGGAGUGCCAAAGGCGCCGUGACAGUAUAUAUAGUAUGUGAUUGUUGAAGACAAAGAUCUUGGAUUCUUUGCCUAUAGCUAGACAAGACACCUCGAUAGAAAGAUCUGCUAAUGCGGAAUACUGAUUCUCGUCAAGUGUACAUUCAUUCCCUGCUUGACAGCGUUAGGCAUGUAAUGUAAUUAACAUAAGGCGUCCCAUUGAUGUCUGUGUUGUAAACUGUAAGCCAGUUGGCAUCUGUUGUAUUACAUUUGCUACUUCCCUGAGCACGUGACAUUCACAUAAGUCAUAAUCGAGGAUUCUCAUUUCCCGUUGA